UGUAUCACUUCAGAGAUAUUCCACUCGACCGGUAUGUAUUGGCUCGGUGGUAAACAGGAUACCGUGGAAUCAGCGUGGUACUGGCAAGAUAACUCAACGUUCAACUAUAUUAAUUGGACUCCGGGUGAACCAAACGGCUUAUAUAAACCAUUUCCGAUGUGUUUAUUGGUCAAUUAUGGAAUUGGCUGGGAUGAUAAUACUUGUAGUGAAGCGAUGUUUGGAGCGUGCAGUUUCAUAUGCAAAAAGAAUGCGAGUUCGGCUCCACUCAACAAAUUCGAAUCAAUUGAGGAAACACAAGGACACGCGGAAACAAUCUUGCACCCUAAAGGGCGCUUCAGUAGUCCUAUGUAUUCAGGAGGAGAUCUCUAG